CCCACCCCUUCCCUCCGCCCCCGCCGCUACCACCCGGAGACGCCCCCUCGCCGCACGCAGACGGGAAGGGGGGCCCGCCCCGCCCCCACGAAGCCAGGGGGGCUUGGCCGCCUCAGCUGCCCCCGCGGAAGGGGGCCGACUGGGUGGGAGUCGGGAGAUGAUUGUGCUGGAAGCGGCCCCCCCGCGAGCGAGAGGUACUGGUUGUAUAAGAAGGAUCAGCUUUAACCAAGCCAGAUGAUCGGUAGAGAAUUACUCCUUGAGGCCUAUAAUUAAGGAAGAUGUAUGAAGCAUCCAAAGAUCAUAAUUGCUGGAAAGUUUAUUGACUGCUAUUUCCUGAAAGUCCUGAAAUUUAACAUUAAUCUGGCAUGGCUCAGGGAAGCCAGCAGUUAGAUAUGCAGGUACUCCAUGACCUCCGGCAACGUUUUCCUGAGAUUCCUGAAAGUGUGGUGUCUCAAUGCAUGCUCCAGAACAACAACAAUCUUGAUGCUUGUUGUCGAAUUCUUGCACAAGAGAGCAACAAAUACCUAUAUAUGGAGUAUCACAGCCCAGAUGACACCCGAGUGAACAGGAAUCGUCUAUUGCAUAUUAACCUUGGCAUCCAUCCUCAUACUAACUAUGGAGGAGAUGGACCUCAACUUAAUGGUGGUCGUACCCUGGUACAUAGUUCAAGUGAUGGACAUAUUGAUCCACAGUGCACUCCAGGCAAACAGCUGAUCUGUUUAGUCCAAGAACCACAUUCUGCUCCCGCUGUUGUUGCAGCUUCUCCAAACUAUAAUCCUUUUUUUAUGAAUGAUCAGAAUAGAAAUGCAGCUACUCCUCCCCCACAGACACCUCAGCAGUCUUCUCCCAUACAGCCUGGAAUGAAUACAUCUGCUAUGCAAGGUCCUCCUCCUCCUCCAUAUAUGCAUAUACCUCGGUACAGCACAAAUCCUAUAACUGUUACAGUUUCACAAAACCUCCCUUCUGGGCAGCCUUUACCCAGAGCUUUACAAAUUCUUCCUCAAAUUCAAAGUACUCCUUAUGGAAGUCCUGGAUCACUGUAUAUUAGGCAGACCACUCAAGGUUCUUCAGGACGACAGACUCCUACUCAAAGUACACAGUGGCAUUCAUCACCACCAGGUCCAGUUCCACAUUAUAGUCCACAUCCAUUACCUGUCUAUCCACACCAACAGAGCUAUCAGCCUUCUCAGUAUUCUCCCAAGCAGCCCCAGAUUCCUCAGUCUCCUUUUCGAUCACCACCUGCUUCCCAGUGCCCUUCUCCUUUUGGAUCGCCUCAACAUCAAGUUCAACCCAGCCAAUUAGGACAUCAAAGUUCCCAUGUAUUUAUGCCUCCUAGCCCUUCAACUGUGCUACCCCAUCCAUAUCAACAAACACCACAGUCAUAUCAAAAACCAAGUGGACACUCAGUAUCUUAUCUCCCAUAUGGUGGACCUACUUUAUCUAAAGGCUCCAUGAACAAGAUAGAAAUUACAGUUGAACCACCACAAAGACCUGGGACUACACUUAAUAGGAGCCCUUCACCUAUAAGUAAUCAGCCAUCCCAACGGAAUCAGCACGCACUAUAUACACCUGCAACUCCUUCAGGUUCUCCUUCCAGAAGUAUAGCAGGUCAGCCUAAACCUCCUUAUAGUGUUAAUCCUGUAUAUAUAACAUAUACACAACCAGUUGGACCUUCAGGUAUUCUUACACAGUCCCCCCGUGUAAUGGUAUCUCAGCCAAAUCCAGCAGUUUUUAAAAUUACAGUAGGUCGAGCUCCUGCUGAGAAUCUUCUAAAUUUAGUGGACCAAGAAGAACAUUCUGCAGCACCAGAACCUAUUCAGCCCAUUUCAGUUGUACCAGGAUCUGGAGGUGAAAGAGGAAGGCAUAAAUACCAGAGAAGUUCCAGCUCUGGAUCAGAUGACUAUGCUUAUACUCAAGCUUUGCUGUUACAUCAACGUGCAAGGAUGGAGAGGUUAGCAAAGGAGCUGAACUUUGAGAAUGAAGAACUUGAGAAACUUAAAGGUGAAGUAAAUAAUAUGGAACAUAAUCUUAUGCAAAGACGUCUGAGAAGAGUCAGCUGUACAACCUCAAUCCCAACACCCGAGGAGAUGACAAGAUUGAGAAGCAUGAAUAGGCAGCUCCAGAUAAAUGUAGACUGUACUCAGAAAGAAAUUGACCUCCUUCAGUCUAGAGGCAACUUUGACCUGAAAGCCAUGAAUAAUUUUUAUGAUAACAUAGAGCCUGGUCCUGUUGUACCACCAAAGCCAUGUAAAAAAGACCAUCAAAAUAGUUCCAAGCAAGUUCUGCGAUCACAGCCAAGAGAUGAGGACUUUGAAGGAGCUCCAUGGAAUUGUGACAGCUGUACUUUCUUGAAUCACCCAGCACUGAAUCGUUGUGAGCAAUGUGAAAUGCCGCGGUAUGCCUGAAUUUAUAAAGGUCUACUUUGUAUUAAAACGGGCUUUGAGAUCUCAGCCAUAGAUGAAAAUUUGGAGGAAUCUUUCAGUUCUCUACCAGGUAUUUGCCAGCCAGUCAUUUUCAAUUUUUGAGAGAAAAAUCUCCUUUUCAUUCAUGCUGCACUAAAGAUUAGCUUGUGGAGAUGUUCUCUUAUCCCAUGGUGGUAAGAAAGUGUGAAAGGAUAUUCCAGAAUGGAUUUUCUUUGAAGAAUGUAUGCAGGAAAACAAGUGAUUGCUGUUGUUCUAGCCCCCAUAAUUACAUUUGCUGGUUAGUAGUCCUUACAUAUAUUUUUAUAAGCAUUGAACAAUUACUUUGUGAAGUGUUACAGGUAUGCAGACAAACUGUGAAGAACCAGAGCUGAUCUGGCUACAGCAAGCUGGAAAACAAGAACUCCCUAUGUUUCCAGAUUGUAAACUACUGAAAAAAGGGGGAAUCAAAGAACAGAAAAGGGUAAUCUGAAAUGCUGCUUUUUUCAGGGUAAAUUAAAUCUACACAAUUGCUGUUUUGAUAUUGUGAAUCAUGGUGAGAAGGGGAAGUACUGUACAACUUUAUUUAUAGAGUACAAUCAGAAGUGAUUUUACAGUCCCUUUUGCUUGUACAGCGCUCACCAAGUCAUGCUAACACUGGUAAUUAAAUAAUUAUACCAUAUUACACAGGAAAAAUAGUGCUGCAUGCUUUUAUUAGACCUUUGUGUUUUAAAAAGUAAAAGUAUGCUUUUAUAAAUUAUGUUCCCUUGAAACUGCUUGACAGUGGAGCGGACAUAUACCAAAUGCAGAACUAUUCCAAAUUCUUUUUGGAAAACUUGAGUUCAGCCAUUGAUAGUAUAAGAAAUGUUUGCACCCUCUUUCUUAGGCCUUUCACCUUCCACUUAUGUGAAGAAUUCAUAAUGUUUACAGCACAGAAGGUACUUUGUGUCCCCAUUCUGAUUUAGCUGAAAACUACUAAUCAAUAUAAGCUCUCCAAUAAAGUUUAUUUGCACAUUGUCAGUAAACUAGCUUGUAUUAAUUAGUAUGAGUGAUGGUUCUUUAAAUGUUGCACAUUGCAUUUUGGUGUGAUCCUUGGUCAGUUAAAGGGUAUAGAGAAUCCAGAAAUGGUAUAGAGAAUCCAGAAAUUGAAUUGUACUAGUACCUGUAUGAAUAUGCUAAUCAUGAAUAGGAUAUUUUAUUUGUGAGUGCUUCAGGAUACUGAAAUAAAACAGUCUUCUGAAUUUGAAGUUGAGUUAAAAAUAAAAUUGUUUAUGAAUAAUCAGAAUUCCUUUUUCACACCGAUAAAUCACCAAGGACAGUAAAUUUUAUUACACCGAUAAAUCACCAAGGACAGUAACAUUCAUGUUACUCUGGAUUUUGCAGGAUUGCAAAAUGGAGAAUCAUAUUUUACUUGUGCAUAUCUUGUUCUUAUCUAUUAGUAUUACAUGUGAUACAGUUUCUGUUGAAAUUGGAAUGUAUUGAAUGCAAUGGAUGUUAGUCCAUUAAAUUCUUACAGAAGCUAUAUGGAAUCCAGCUUGAUUCAAUCAGUCAAUCAAGUAGAACAAUUACAUUAACACUCGUGUUAAGGUUUUUUUUUUAGUUGACUUUUACACUAUAACAAAUAUGACUCUGAGAGGUUAAAAGGGAACUUGUAAGAAUUCUGUGUCCCUCUUUAAGAAUAAAAUUACAAAAUUCUUUUCUUUCACCUAGAGAAAAAAUUAAGGUGUGAAGGUGAAAAGACUCAUGUAAAGUAUUCUUUUUAUAAGUUAUCUAUUGAAUCACAUUUAGAUUGUUCCUUAGUAUUGGUCAUACUUCAUGAACUUUUUAAAACAAUCUUAGUCAAUACUUAGUCAACUGCUACUAUAGGGAAGGAAAUUGUACUAAGUUCAGAACAUAAAUAGUAUGUUUGAAGGUAUACACGAUUUUAGUUGGCAAGGAGAUACUUACAGAAAGUUAGGCUGAGUUUAUCUUAAGGGAAUUUUUUUCUGGAAUUGGGAAGCACAAUCAAAAUUUCUAUAGAGUUUUGAUAAAUGAAGACACUUAAAGGAACUUAAGGUUUCCCUAUUUUAUGUCAUGAGCAGGGAGUUUUUUGGACAUGCUAUGCUGUGUGAAUUCAGUACAUUUGCAUAAUGCCCAGGCUAGAUUGUGGAAUUAAUAUAAAUGUUUAGUGAUUUACUCAUACUUUCACUAUUCGAAGUGGAAGUCAGAGCAGAGUUUAUAGUGGGGAAGAUGAUAACUAGUAGUCAAGUCAAAAUGAAACAAAAUGUAAUGUUGUAAUUUCAGUGUGCAAAAGAAUCCUUUUACCUGUUUACUUGUAAAUGUCCUUUCACACCGUAAUAUGAAUUGUAGCAAUGAAAUUAAUUUUAAUAUGUAAGUAUUUCAUGUGAAUCUAUUCAUGUCUACAUGGAAAAUACUCAGAAAUAAGUGAAUUCAAUCAAAAUGGAUUUAGGUUAUGCCAAAAUAAUUGCUGAUUGCCUAAAAGGUUUCAUUAAUGUCUGGAUUCCUUAUAUUAUUUAAUAUACAAAAUGCACUGCAAUGCAUACAAAUUCAGAAUGUGCGCCUCUGAGUGGUGGGAUUCUGAGGCCAUCAUGAAUUUUUAAAAUGCACUACUUUUUAAUAAUAGCUGAUCUGCCCUUGCCCACGGGCCUUGGAUGAAUCUGUUUACUAGAAAAUCCAAGGAUACCUUCUAAUUCUCCAAAACCUUUUCUUUAUACAUGCCUUUUUUGUAUUUAAUGUUAUUAAAAUGUAUCCUUUCACAUGUACAAAGCUCUCUCAAUUUUAGUUGAUAGAAUAGCUUAUAGCAAGCCAAAAUUAAAUCCUGUACUUGAUUAUUUGAUGAAACUAUCAAGCUAGCAUGUUUGUGUAGGAAGAGAGGGCUAAGAAGAAAAGAGACACUGUUUUGUAAAAUCUGAUGGAGAUGUGUGUUUCUCUGUGAUAUGUAUGUAUUUUUCCUUACGGCAGAUGUGUGAAGCAAAUAUAAUUUUUAAAGAGCUGGUCUCGGUCAUAUUAUUAAGUCAUGUUUUCUCUCAGUUAUUGUAUUCUUCAGUUAUGUACACUUCUUAUUUCCCAUCCUUUUUGAUUGUAAUUUUUUUUAAAAUCUCUCAGAUUUUGCAGACUUGGAAAUUAGGACAAAAUAUUUUAAUUUUUUUAAAGAAUACAUGAAAAAAUUAAAUAUUUGGUUAUGACUUUGUAAUUUACAAGCUUCUAACUUGAGAAACCGUAUAGUGUGGUUUAAAUGUGAAAUAAGUUCACAAUAUAGCAUGGAAUAGCAAGAGCUGUCAGUCAACUGAAGAUUGAAAACAUGCACAGAAAUAAAUGCUUAUUAUAGUUAAUAUUGUGUCCAUGUGUUAUAUUUGUUUUUACAAAUAACCUUUAAAACUUAUCACCUGUGCAAGAAAACUAAAUCCUUAAUUAGUAGGUUAGUUGAAUUAAUACAGUAGCUUAAUCUUUUUUUAAUUUUUUUAAAAAUAUUUUCUUUAAAGCCUGUACAUCUCACCUAUAUCUUUUGCUCUGUUGAAAUCCUGUUAACUUUGUUCACUAUAAAACAAAACCAAGCUCUUUCUAAAUUGUAAAUAGGGUGUUUUCCUACCAUAUGGAUUUGUGUAUGCUGUGAAUGAAAACUAUUAUUGCAAGAUAAAAUGUAUAAGACAUUAAGAGGCUGUGCAUGCAUGAUUUCCCAGAUAACAUAUACUGAGCGCUACAGUUGCCUAAACCCAAUAAACUAAGAAAAUGUAA